AUGCCACCCCCAGUGGAGGAGUGGUCCGAUGAGGAGUCGGGUGACAUUCCUUUCACCACCGCCCCAGAAACCAAGGAAGCUACAAAAAAUGUGGAAGAAGAAGAUGAGGAUGAGGACGACGACGACGACGACGAAGAAGAAGAGGGAGUCUUCGUCGUUGAGGAGAUCAAGAAACACCGAUAUGAAGUUGAUGGUACUCUCUUUUUAUUUGUGAAAUGGAAGGGCUGGCCAGCGAUCAAAGACCAUACCUGGGAGCCUGAAAUCGGACUGAAGGAUGGUGCUGAGGAUGUGCUGGAUGCGUAUUACAAGAAGAUCGGCGGUAGACCCGACAAGCCAGCCGAGAAGCCAGCCGAGAAGGGAGCUAAGGGCCCCGGAAGAAAGCGCAAGUCAAUGGCUGAGAAGAAGGAGAAACCAGCUGCCACACCGACCGAGAUUAAGAGGCGUCGCCAAUCCGCGCCAAAGAACGAGUCCAAGGACGACGUCAAGGCUGACGCAAACACCCCGGCAGCGAGUGAAGACGACGAGCCAUCCGACUGGGUGCCCAAGAGCCAAAACUGGGACAAGGAAGUUCAAUCAGUGGAUACAAUUAUUCGCGAUGCUAAUGAUCAAGAGCUUUAUGCUCUACUACUCUGGACCAAUGGAAAACGGUCGCGAAUUCACAUCCAGAGUUGUUAUGAGAGGUGCCCGAUGAAGAUGCUCAAAUUUUACGAGAAGCACUUGGUUUUCAAGGACGGUUGA